GUGGUGGUGUAGGAUUGCGCUAUCUCCGUAUCUGUAUGCCGUAUAUUUUGCUGCUCGUCAAUCGUCAUUCAAAAUACAUCCGAAUAAUUAGCAUAUUUCGCCGUGAAAAUCAUCGUUCGUACCAAUGCUAUGACGUCGUCUGUACGCUGUCCGAGCCCGGUUUCUUAAAACGAAGUUUUUUGACACCCGUAGUGUGUGAACGGUCUAUUUCGCGAACUCCAGCAAUUGGUUUUCCCCUCUUAUCACCAUCAUGUGAAAACCCGAACACCGGCCCUUUUAUUCAAUUUUUUUUUUUCUGACAGCGUUGUUCCGGUCAUUUUGCAGGUAUCUAAAUUUCUUAUUAAUUAUUUAUCGAAUCCUGGAAGAGUCAUCUCUCUCCACAAUUUCUCCUCACAUAGGUGGUCUUAUGUGUUACAGAAAAAAUGACGGAAUCGCUGGACAGUGGCACUGUUAAUGCCUUGUCGUCGUUGGACGAGAACACGACCAACUCGUUGUCCAUAAUGGACGUGGCCGUGUUUGUUGAUUAUUUAAAGCAAACAGUAUCCACCAUACUUCACGGUGACAAGUCAGCUACUACUUCUCUGGUGGACUUGGCAUUUAAUGAUUCUGCUAAUCUUGAAUGUAUUAAAAAGUUUUUAUCAGACCCAAAUACUUCAACCAUAUUUGUCCAAAAAGCAGUUCUUAAAGGUUAAUAUUCUACAAUAUUAUUUACAGAGUGAGUUGUAAUUAAAACAAAUUACUUAAUGUUAUUUUAGAUGAAGAGACAGAAAAUGGAGGGGAAGCAGACGAAGAAAAAGAUACACUUAUAUUUUAUUUAUCUAAUGAAGUCAUUUUUACAAACCAGAAAAUGACUAGGUCAGUCAGUUUUUAUUUUUUCUGAAUUUUAUUUUUAUUUUUAAUUUGUUAUAGUUUAUCAUUUAUGAAGAGAGCAACAGUGAUAGAAGCUGAUAAACCAAUCCCGAGUCAACUACGAAUUAUCCAAUUUAAUGAUGGUUCACCAUAUGAAACAUUGCAUGCAUUAGUUAGUAAAGCUAUCACUCCAUAUUUCAAAAGUUAUGUUAAAGAAUCCGGAAGAGCUGAUAGGUAUAAUUAUUAUCUUAAUGUUGAGAGAAUUAUGAUUAACAGUUUUUAGUUUUUUCUUAAUUAAACAUAAUUGAAUUGUUCAUUCAUUUUUGUUGUAAAUUUACUGUUUUUAGGGAUGGUGAUAAAAUGGCCCCAUCAGUUGAAAAGACCAUGGUUGAAUUAGAAAUGGGUUUACUUCAUUUACAACAGAAUAUUGAUAUUCCUGAAGUGACAUUGACCAUAAAUCCUACCGUAUUAUCUGUAAUAAGCAAAUGUGCUGAAGAAAAUCGUAAACCUAAAGUGUCAGACUUUGGAGCACUUGUGGAGGAUUCUAAAUUUCUCAAUCAGCUUCAGUCUGGUGUUAACCGUUGGAUCAAAGAAAUACAAAAGGUAAAUAUAUAUAUAUAUAUAUAUUUAAAUAUAAUAAUUUUACUUAGAUAAAUAAUGUGUUAGGUAAUAUUUUUAUUAUAUUUUAUUCUAUAUUUUAGGUGACCAAUUUAGAUCGAGAUCCAUUAAAUGGAACAGCUUUACAAGAAACGAGUUUUUGGUUAAAUAAAGAAAGAGCACUGCAUCGUAUUCAAGAAAAACGUGAAAGUUUAGAAGUUGGCCUUACAUUGGACAUUUUAAAACACGGCAAACGUUUUCAUGCCACUGUCAGUUUUGAUAGUGAUACUGGCCUUAAGACUGCUUUAGCUACUGUCAAUGAUUAUAAUACAUUAAUGAAAGAUUUUCCUAUCAAUGAUCUUUUAGCUGCUACAGAUUUAGAUCGUAUUCGUGUUGCUAUUGAACAUAUUUUUAUUCAUUUACGUAAAAUACGAAGCACCAAGUACCCUUUACCAAAACUAUUAAAAUUAGUUGAAGCUAUUUCUAGAGAUUUACUAUCAAAACUAUUAAAAGUGAGAAUUGUUUAAUUUUUCAAGGUUUAUAAUAGUAAUAAUUUAAUUUGUUUCGUACAAUAAUUUAGGUUUUGGGUACUAGAUUUUUAAUGCAUAUACCAUAUGAUGAAUUUGAAAAAGUUAUGUUGCAGUGUUUUAAUGUUUUUACUGCUUAUGAUGAUGAAUUUGAUAAACUUCAAGUUAUUUUGAGGUUAAUAUUUUCAAAUGGUUUAAAUACAGUAGAUAUUAAUAUUCUUGACUGAUUUUAGGGAUGUAGUUAAAAGAAAAAGGGACGAGACAUUCAAAGUAGUUUGGCGUAUACAGCCAGAUCAUAAAAGGUUACAGACUAGGCUUGAACAUAUGAGGAAAUUUAGACAACAACAUGAACAAUUGCAAGCAGUUAUAAUGAGAGUUCUUAGACCUACAGCUCAACAAUCACAAGUACGUGAUGAUCAAGACCAAGGUCCAGUUUCUUUAUCACCUGCUCCAGAUACAAGUGCUAUUGAGGUAUUUACAAAUUAUUUAAUUUGAUGAGACCUUAUAGACUUACUAUACCUUGUACUUUUAAAUAAAUUGUAAUAAUAAAAAAUAUACUACUAGGAAGUUAAUUCAGCUUAUGAAAAUAUAAAAGUGGUAGAUUGCUUGGAUAUUAGUCGUGAGGGUGUUGAAGCUUGGGAAGCAGCUGUAGCACGUUAUGAAGAAAGAAUUGACAGGGUUGAAGCUAGAAUAACUGCUCAUCUUAGAGAUCAAUUAGGAACAGCUCGUAAUGCCAAUGAAAUGUUCCGCAUAUUUUCUCGAUUUAAUGCUCUAUUUGUGCGACCACAUAUACGUGGAGCUAUAAGAGAAUAUCAAACUCAACUUAUCAAUAAAGUUAAAGAAGAUAUUGAAGCUCUUCAUGAUAAGUUCAAAGUAAAUUUGUUUAAAAAUAUAUAUAUUAAAAAUGUAUGCAUUAUGAUGUAUGCACUAUUUUUAAAUUUAUUUUUCUAGACUCAAUAUCCCUUGAGCAAAGCUUCAUUUUUAAGCCAACAAGAAGAUAUACCACCAAUAGCUGGUUCUAUUUUAUGGGCCAAAUUAAUUGAUAGUCAGUUAUCUGCUUAUCUACGACGAGUAGAAGAUGUCUUAGGUAUGAUAAAAAGAUAAUUGUAAAAAAAAUAUAUAUAUAUAAAAUAUUUAUUUUUGGUUAUUAGGAAAAGGAUGGGAAGAUCAUUUGGAAGGUCAAAAAUUAAAAGCUGAUGGUGAUAGUUUUCGUCUGAAAUUAAAUACAAAAGAUAUUUUUGACGAAUGGGCUCGAGGUGUUCAACAAAAGAAUAUGGGUGUAUCUGGAAGAAUUUUUACCAUUGAAAGUACAAGAUCUCGAACUGGUAGAGGAAAUGUAUUAAAACUCAGGGUGAGAAUUUUAUUUAAACAAAAAUGUAUUUACUGUUUUUCAUUUAAUUGUAUUUAUAUUAGGUGAAUUUUUUGCCUGAAAUCAUUACAUUAUCAAAAGAAGUACGACAUUUAAAAAAUCUUGGAUUUCGGGUACCCUUAGCUAUCGUAAAUAAAGCUCAUCAAGCAAAUCAGUUGUAUCCAUUUGCUAUAUCUUUGCGUGAAAGUGUUCGUACUUAUGAAUGUACUUUAGACAAAGUAAGAUUUAAAUGUUUACAUUAAUUUUUACAUGUUUUGAAUACAUUUGUAUUUACAUCUGUACUGUUAUAUUUUAAUCAGCUAGGCAAUAGGAGUUCUUAUAUAAAGGUAGUAUAUGUCCUUAUUUGUGGUAGAAAUACUUUUAUUAAAAGUUACAAAUUUAUUGUUUUGUAGAUCGAAGAUAAAAUUACUAUUGUACCAUUAAUAGCCGGACUGCAUAAAGACACUCAAGCCCUUAUUGCUGAAGGUGUUCAAAUGGUCUGGGAAAGCUAUAAACUUGAUCAAUAUGUUCAAAAAUAUGCAGAACAGAUAUUGGCUUUUCAAGAAAAAGUUGAAGAUCUUCUAGUUGUUGAAGAACAACUAGAUUUAGAUGUUAAAUCAUUAGAAACUUGUGCCUAUUCUGCUAGCACUUUAGCUGAUAUUCUUACUAAAAUUCAAAGAGCAGUUGAUGAUUUAUCACUAAGGCAAUAUUCCAAUUUACAUAUAUGGGUUACACGUUUGGAUCAACAGGUUAAAGUUUGAGUAAUUUAAUUGAAUAGUGAAUUUUAUUUACUUUGAUACUUUAUUUUUGUAGAUUGAAAAAAGUUUAUCUUCAAGGCUUCAAGCAGGUAUUCAAGCUUGGACCGAAGCAUUAGAAGGGAAAAAGAAAGAUUUAAGUAUGGAUACUGAUGCACCACCUCAACCGACUAACAAGCUUGGUGGUGAUCCCCAAAUUAAAGUACAAAUACUUGAAGUCAGGAUAACCAAUCAAACUAUUUAUUUAUAUCCAAAUUUGUGUGAGGCACGCGUUCAACUCAUGCAACAGUUCUUUGCGUGGCAAGCUGUAGUAACGUCACAAAUUAGAUUACAAAGUUCUAGAUACCAAGUUGGCUUAGAUCAACCAACAUCACAGACAUAUCAAGAUCUUUUAGCCAAUCUCCCAUCAGGUGAGACUGUUUUAAUGGCAGCAUUUGAAGCAAUGGAAAGAAAAAUAAAUGAGGUUCAUAAUUAUUCAAUCUUAAAUAUUUUAAGAAUAUUUUUUAAAAUAUUCUUUUUUAGGCUGAAAAAUACAUGUCUGAAUGGUUAAUUUAUCAAUCUUUAUGGGAUUUACAAGCAGAUAAUUUAUAUAACCAAAUGGGAGAAGACAUAAGUACUUGGAUGACAUACUUAAAUGAUAUUCAGUAAAAAUUAUUAUAAAUAAAUAUAAUAUAAUUUCUAUUUAUUUUAUUAAUUGUAUUGUAUAUAUGGUUUUUUUUUUUUAGAAAAUCUCGUAAAACUUUUGAUACAACUGAAACUCGCAAAGAUCUUGGACCAUUUAUUAUAGAAUAUGGAAAAGUUCAAAGUAAAGUCGCUUUAAAGUAUGAUUCAUGGCAUAAAGAAAUUUUAAAUAAAUUUGGAGGUUUACUUGGCAAUAGUAUGACACAAUUUCAUGUUCAAGUGGCUAAAGUUAGUAUUCAAUUUUAUUUAAGGAAAAACAUAUUUAACCAAUUAACAAUUAUAGUCUAGAAAUGAUAUGGAAAAACAAUCAAUCGAAGCCGCAAGUACAUCUGAUGCGGUAUCAUUUAUAACAUAUGUGCAAUCAUUAAAGCGCAGUAUGAGAGUAUGGGAAAAACAAGUUGACUUGUAUAAAAAAGGGCAGAAAAUUUUAGAAAGACAACGUUUCCAAUUUCCUACCAAUUGGCUUGAUUUGGACAAUGUUGAAGGCGAGUGGAGUGCAUUUAAUGAAAUCAUCAAACGCAAAGACAAAUCAAUACAAACUCAAGUAAUUUUAUUGAUUAUUUGAUUAAUAUAUUUGUUCUAAUUGUAUUUCUUUAAUUGUAGGUGCAAAGUUUACAAAUGAAGAUAAUAGCCGAAAAUAAAGCUGUAGAAACCAGAACCAAUGAUUUCCUUUUAGAAUGGGAACAGGGUAAACCAGUAGCUGGAAACACACAACCUGAUGAUGCUUUAUCCCAACUACAAGUAUUUGAAAAUAAAUUUACUCGCAUUAAAGAUGAAAGAGAUAAUGUAGCUAAAGCUAAAGAAGCAUUAGAACUUAAAGACCCAGCAGGUAUAUAAUAUAAAUGUUAAAAAAAAAAAAAAACACUUAUUUGUGUAAAAUUAUAUCAACAAUGAUUUUUAUUUUAACUUUAGGUAGUGCAUUGUCAAGUGCAGAAGAUCGCAUGAUUGUUGUUUUUGAAGAAAUGCAAGAUCUUAAAGGUGUUUGGUCUGAACUUUCAAAAAUAUGGGUACAGAUUGAUGAAAUUCGAGAAAAACCUUGGCUUUCAGUUCAACCUAGAAAACUUCGUCAACAAUUGGAUGGUUUAACUAGUCAAUUAAAAGAAUUACCUGCUCGGUUUAGACAAUAUUCUUCAUAUGAAUAUGUUAAAAAACUUUUGCAUAGUUAUGUUAAGGUAAGCUAACUUCUCUAUUUUUCAUUCUUUUUCUGAAUAUCAUACGUCUUAUAUUUAAAAUUUAUUAUCUAAUAUUACCUUCUAAGACAUAUAAGAUUCUUAAUAUUAAAAUUUUUAAAAAUCAUGAUCUAGUAUAAGUUUCAAUAAAUUUAAUUAUUACAAGUUUUACACAAAUAUUUCAAAAUACUAAAAAGUUAUUUAGAGUUAUUAAAUAAAAAUGUAUUUUUUAUAGGUCAACAUGACUGUAAUAGAAUUAAAAUCUGAUGCUUUAAAAGACCGUCAUUGGAAACAAUUGAUGCGUAAACUUCGCGUAAAUUGGACUUUUUCUGAUAUAACAUUGGGUCAAAUUUGGGAUGUAGAUUUACAAGCAAAUGAAGCAGUUGUUAAAGAUAUCAUUAUGACUGCACAAGGAGAAAUGGCUUUAGAAGAAUUUUUAAAACAAGUAUGUUUUUUUGCAUUUUUCUCAGUAUAAUAAGUUUAGUUUUGACUCGAUGAAAACUGAAUUUAGUUUUAAAAUUUAUAUUAUUUAAAUUAACUAAUAAAUUAUUGUUUGUAUAAAAAUUGAGAUUUUAUGAAAAUGUAAAAUUUGCCUCAAUGGAUUUAAAUACACUGAUUAAUAUAUUUUUUAUUUGGUUGGAUUGUUUAAUUUAUUUUAAAAUUAGCUAUUAAUUAAAUAAUAAUAAAUAAGCUAUUAUGUAAUUAUUUUAAUUUUAAAUAUUUAUAAACACACACUUUGUUGAAUAUAAUUAGGUUAUGUUGCAUUUUAUUUUUAUAAAACAAUUUUUUUUUCUCAACUAGGUCCGUGAUACUUGGCAAUCCUACUCUUUAGACCUAAUAAAUUAUCAAAAUAAAUGCCGUCUAAUAAGAGGUUGGGAUGAACUUUUUAAUACUGUCAAAGAACAUAUCAAUUCUGUAGCAGCUAUGAAGUUAUCACCUUAUUACAAAGUAAGUAGGAUCAAUUUGUUCAAAGUAAUGUUUGUAGUUACUUUUGGUUAAACUGUACACAAUGUUUUGGUAUUUUGUUUAUAAACUAUUUUAUAUUUAUUGUAACCACAAGUGCUAAUGUCCUUAAAAACCAUUUUAUGUAUGUAGAGUUUUCUUAUUGUGAUCUAGAACAUACAUUUUUUUAUUUAUUUUUAUUUUAUUUUAAAUAUAAUUUAAACUUUCAGGUUUUUGAAGAAGAAGCAUUAACAUGGGAAGAAAAGCUUAAUCGAAUAAAUACUCUUUUUGAUGUUUGGAUUGAUGUACAGCGACGUUGGGUAUAUUUAGAAGGCAUAUUUUCAGGAAGUGCUGAUAUUAAGACUUUGUUACCUGUUGAAACAUCACGAUUCCACAAUAUUAGGUAAUACAAUUUUUUUAGAUUUAUUGUUUAGUUAGAUUAAUAAAAACUAAAUUUUUUUUUCUCAGUUCUGAUUUUUUGGGUCUAAUGAAAAAGGUUUCAAAAUCAAGAAUGGUUAUUGAUGUUCUUAAUAUUCAAGGAGUACAGCGAUCACUUGAAAGAUUAGCUGAUUUACUAGGGAAAAUACAAAAGGCUCUUGGAGAGUAUUUAGAAAGAGAAAGAAUGUCUUUCCCAAGAUUUUAUUUUGUUGGCGAUGAAGAUCUUUUAGAAAUAAUUGGAAAUAGUAAAAAUAUUUCAAGACUGCAAAAACAUUUUAAGAAGAUGUUUGCUGGUGUAGCUGCUAUAAUUUUAGAUGAAACUUCAACAAAUAUUCUGGGUGUUGCAUCUCGUGAAGGCGAGGAAGUUUUAUUUACUAAUCCCAUAUCUACAACUGACCAUCCUAAAAUUAAUGAAUGGCUUACGUUGGUUGAGAAGGAAAUGAGAUUCACAUUGGCUUCUCGUUUGGGUGAAGCAGUUAAUAAUAGCAAACAAUUUAAACAAGACACCAUUGAUCAUGAUGCUUUUAUGACAUGGUGUGAUAAUUAUCAAGCACAAAUUGUUGUUUUAUCUGCUCAAAUUUUGUGGAGCGAAGAUAUAGAAACAGCUUUACACCAAAUUCAAGCUCAAUGUGAAAAUGAAAAUGGUUCUGCACCUAAAUUAACACCAUUAGAAAAUGUUUUAGCUCAAGUUGAGACAUCAUUAAACUUUUUAGCAGAUUCUGUUUUGCAAGAGCAACCCCCUUUAAGAAGAAAAAAACUAGAGUAUUUAGUAUGUUUAUUUUUUGCUAUUAAUGGCCACUUUAAAUUUUAUUGUUAACAUUUAUUAUAAUUAUUUUUUUUCUUUUAGAUUAAUGAAUAUGUUCAUAAACGCAUGAUCACUAGAAGAUUAAUUUCAAGAAAAGUAUCUAGUCCUCGUUCAUUUGAAUGGCUUUGUGAAAUGCGUUUUUACUUAGAUCCUAAUCAGACUGAUGUUUUAAAACAGCUUACGAUUCAAAUGGCUAAUGCUAAUUUCUACUAUGGAUUUGAAUAUCUUGGUGUGCAAGAUAGAUUGGUUCAAACUCCAUUAACUGAUCGAUGUUACUUAACUAUGACACAAGCUUUAGAAGCUAGACUUGGAGGAUCACCAUUUGGUUAGUUUGGUAGUUAUUAAAAUUUUUCUCUUGAGUAUUGACAUCAUUUUAACCAACCUUGUUAUAUUUAGGACCUGCUGGUACUGGUAAGACUGAAUCUGUUAAAGCUCUCGGUCACCAGUUGGGACGUUUUGUUUUGGUAUUCAAUUGUGACGAAACAUUUGAUUUCCAAGCUAUGGGACGUAUAUUUGUUGGUCUUUGUCAAGUGGGAGCUUGGGGAUGUUUUGAUGAAUUUAAUAGAUUGGAAGAAAGAAUGUUAUCAGCUGUCUCACAACAGAUACAAACAAUUCAGGAAGCAUUGAAAUCUCAAAUGGAUUCUAAGAAAACUAGUCAGUACAAUUUUGAAUGUCAUACUGCUGACAAUCAUUUUAAAAUAAUUUGGAUGAUAUUGAAAUUAAAUUUUAAAAUAUUUUCCUUAGUUCAUAAUAUUAAAACCGUUGUAAUAGUUUUAGUUCAAUGUUUAUACUUAUUUUACAUUUUGAAAACUUUAAUAUUUUUGUAUUUUCAUUGAAUAUUUGUGUUUUUAGAUAUUACUGUAGAACUUGUCGGAAAACAAGUUAGAGUAUCUACAGAUAUGGCAAUAUUCAUAACCAUGAAUCCUGGUUAUGCUGGACGUUCAAAUCUUCCAGACAAUCUGAAAAAGUUAUUUAGAUCAUUAGCCAUGACUAAACCUGAUAGACAACUUAUUGCUGAAGUUAUGUUGUUUUCACAAGGUUUCCGUACAGCUGAGAAACUUGCAUGUAAAAUUGUUCCAUUUUUCAAGUAAAUAUAUUUUUUAAAUUAAUUAAAAUGAAUACAACUUAUCAACUUAAUAAAUUUUAGAUUGUGCGAUGAACAGCUUUCUAAUCAAUCUCAUUAUGAUUUUGGAUUACGUGCAUUAAAGUCUGUUUUAGUAUCUGCGGGUAAUGUCAAAAGAGACCGUAUUCAACGUAUUAAAGGUAUUAGUGCUACAACUGAAAGGCAUAGUCUAAAUGAAGCUGAAAUUGCUGAAAAUUUACCAGAACAAGAGGUCUAAUAUAUAUUUAAUUUUUUUAUAACUGACAUUUUUCAUUAUUGUUUCCAUUAUUUGUAGAUAUUGAUUCAAUCUGUGUGUGAAACAAUGGUUCCUAAACUUGUCGCAGAAGAUAUUCCACUUUUAUUUUCAUUAUUAAAUGAUGUAUUUCCUCAAGUUCAAUAUAAACGUGCUCAAAUGACUGGUGAUUAAUAAUCUUUUUAAAAUAUAUAAAAUCUGAAUGAUCUUAUUAUUACAAAAAAAAUUUCAGAAUUGAAAGAUCAAAUAAAAAAAGUAUGCCAAGAAGAAUACUAUGUCUGUGGUGAGGAUGACGAGCUUGGUGGCCCUUGGAUGGAAAAGGUAAUACAUGUGUUCUAUCUAUGAAUCAUAAUAUUUUAUAAAUUCAUUUUUUUUAUGCUUACUUUUUCACGCUUACUUAGUGUUAUAUGGGGGAAACUUGGAUACAAAAGGUAUUUUUGAAAAUAAUUGUUUUAUAACUAAUAAUAUUAAAUAUCAAUUUAUUGAUUUUGUUAGUUAUACAGAUAACAUAUUGGACAUAUGUCAAUUUAAUGUAUAUUUAACUUAAGGUGCUGCAAUUAUAUCAAAUAUGUGAAUUGAAUCAUGGCUUAAUGAUGGUUGGCCCAAGUGGAUCCGGUAAAUCUAGUGCUUGGAAAGUAUUAUUAAAAGCUUUGGAAAGAAUGGAUGGAAUGGAAGGUCAAGCUCAUGUAAUCGAUCCAAAAGCUAUAUCUAAAGAAGCAUUGUAUGGUGCCUUAGACCCUAAUACAAGGGAAUGGACAGAUGGUUUGUUUACACAUAUAUUGAGGUAGGCACAAUAUAAGUGGAUUUAAUUUAAUGCCAGGAAUAUAGUGUAUUCUAAAAUAUCAAUACUUUAGGAAAAUUGUUGAUAAUGUUCGAGGGGAAAUAAAUAAAAGACAAUGGAUUAUUUUUGAUGGUGAUGUUGACCCUGAAUGGGUUGAAAAUUUGAAUUCUGUUUUGGAUGACAAUAAAUUGUUAACAUUGCCAAAUGGAGAACGUCUUUCACUUCCACCCAAUGUUCGAAUUAUGUUUGAGGUAAUUAUUUGAACAUUUGAAAAAUUAAAUAUUUGAUUAAAUGUUCACAAAAUUAUUACUAAAUUUGUUUAAAACAUUUUUUUUUUAAGGUACAAGAUCUUAAAUAUGCCACUCUUGCUACUGUAUCUCGGUGUGGUAUGAUUUGGUUUAGUGAAGAUGUUUUAACGACCGAAAUGAUAUUUGAAAAUUACUUGAGCCGUUUAAUGAGUAUACCAAUUGAUGAAGGUGAUGAAGAUUCAAUGUCACUUAUUCCUCAACCUUUAUCUGCUGCAUCAGGGUCUGCAGUUGAUCAGUUUGUAUCACCAUCAUUACAGGUAUAUUUUGAAUAUUAUAUAUUGUUUUUAAAACUAAACAUUUUGUAUAGAAAUAUUUUUGUUUGUAUAGAUCCAAAUAGAUAUUGUCACAAUGUUGAAACCACAUUUGUCAUCUGAUGGUUUAGUUGUUCGAUGUUUAGAAUAUGCUAUUAAACAAGAACAUAUUAUGGACUUUACUCGAUUAAGAGCUCUUGGAUCACUUUUUUCUAUGAUUAAUCAAAGUAUUAGGUAAUUUUUCAAUAAUAUAGUAUAAUAUGGUUUAAGUAAAAAAUUACUAAUGUAUACAAUUUGUAUUUAUAACUUGGUUUUCAGAAAUGUUCUUCAGUAUAAUAGAACUCAUUCAGAUUUUCCACUUCCACAUGACCAACUCGAACAGUAUAUUCCAAAAUGUUUAGUUUAUGCUUUGUUAUGGAGUUUCGCUGGUGAUGCUAAAUUGAAAGUGCGUUCUGAUAUUGGGGAAUUUAUUAGAUCUGUGACAACUGUAGCUUUGCCACCAAUGACUGAGAAUAUAAUUGAUUACGAAGUAUGUUUUUAACACAAAGUUGGUUUAACGAAUAUUUUUUGUUUUAGAUAUUAUCAUUAAUGUUGAGAAUAUUAAAAAUAGUAAUCAUUAUUAUUAUAAUUAUUCUCCAAAAUACAUGUUAAUUUAGUUCUGUUAUUAUUAUUUAACUUAUUAUCUUAUUUGUUUCAUAUAAGUUUACUCUUAUUUAGGUUAAUGUUCAUGGUGAUUGGGUUCCUUGGUCAAGUAGAGUUCCACAAGUAGAAGUUGAAACUCACAAAGUUGCAUCACCUGAUGUUGUUGUUCCUACUUUAGACACUGUUAGGCAUGAGACAUUACUUUAUACUUGGCUUGCAGAACAUAAACCUUUAGGUAAGUUAAUAGCUAUUAAUUAUUAAUAAAAUAGUUAAAAAUUAUUUUUUUAUAAAAUGUAAUAGUCUUAUGCGGUCCUCCUGGUUCUGGUAAAACUAUGACUUUAUUCUCCGCAUUAAGAGCUCUACCUGAUAUGGAAGUUGUUGGUUUGAAUUUUUCAUCAGCAACCACACCAGAACUUUUGUUGAAAACUUUUGAUCAUUAUUGUGAAUACAAAAAAACACCUAAUGGAAUUGUUCUUUCUCCUGUUCAAGUGAUUAAUAAAUAUUUAUUGUUAUUAACAUUUAGUUUGUUUAUAUUUAUAAGUUUAUUGUUUGGUUUAAAGCUUGGAAAAUGGUUAGUAUUAUUUUGUGAUGAAAUUAACUUGCCUGAUAUGGAUAACUAUGGUACUCAAAGAGUGAUUUCAUUCCUCCGACAAUUAGUAGAACGGCGAGGUUUUUACAAGUAAUUAUACAUUUAUUUUUUCUUUGGUAAUAUACAGUGGGUAGUGCACAUUAACACCAUGAGUGAGUCUGGUGAUAUCUGACUAAUUUAUUGAUAAAAGAUCUCACAUCUCCUCCUUUCAUAUUUAAAAUUAAUAUUAUUAUGUAAAUAUUACACUGUUAUUAAAUAAAUCACAGUUUUCAAAAACAGUAAAGUUUUUUUAAUUUUUAUCUAUUUGGUUAAUGGUCACCUAGUUGCAGAUUUACCUAACCAUCACUAAUCUUAAGAAAACACCUACUAGUUCAGGUUGACAGAACAACCCUUGCAUUCCCAUUGUUUAAAUUUGUUAUUAAUGUAUUAUUAUUAUUUUUCUACAUGUUAAUGAACAUAUAAAAUUAGGAUUAUUAUAUAUUAUUAAAUGAAUAUGAUUUUAGACCAACAGGGGAUCAAGCUUGGGUGUCUUUAGAGAGAAUACAAUUUGUUGGAGCAUGUAACCCACCAACAGACCCUGGUAGAAAACCGUUAUCUCAUCGAUUUUUGCGCCAUGUUCCAGUAAUAUAUGUUGACUAUCCUGGUGAAACAUCGUUAAAACAGGUAAAUUAUAAUUUUGUAUUCAAAACAUGUUUACUUUGUCUUUUAAAAUAUAUAUAUUUAUUUAAUUUUAAAAAAUGUAUAGAUUUAUGGAACCUUCAGCAGAGCAAUGCUACGAUUAAUUCCUACACUUCGUGGUUAUGCAGAGCCUUUGACAAAUGCUAUGGUUGAAUUUUAUUUAGCAUCCCAGGAUCGUUUUACCCAAGACAUGCAACCUCAUUAUGUUUACUCUCCUAGAGAAAUGACCCGUUGGGUUAGAGGAAUUUGUGAAGCGAUUAGGUAAUUUUAUUAUCUUUUAAAAUAUUUCACAUAAUUAUUAUUGGCAUAAAUAAAUAUGGAUUUUAAAAAUUUGAUUUAAUGAUUUUAAUUGGAGAUAAAUCAUUUGGUGAAUCGCUGUAAUACCUACCAUGAUUACUUAUCUAGUCGAGAGCAAUGUUUCAUGCAUUAUUUGAAAAGUCACACUAUAAUAUUUAAUAAUCCAUUCUUCUUUAAAGAUAAAUAUUGUAAGAUUUAUAUUGCACUAUUUAAUAUUUAUUAUAUUUUAGACCUUUGGAAACAUUAAGUGUUGAUGGUUUAGUUCGUCUUUGGGCACAUGAAGCAUUACGUUUGUUUCAAGAUCGUUUAGUGGAUGAUGUUGAACGUCAAUGGACAAAUGACAAUAUUGAUAUAGUUGGUAUGAAACACUUCCCUGGAAUUAACAAAGAAGAAGCUCUUAAAAGACCUAUACUUUAUAGUAAUUGGUUACACAAAGACUAUGUACCCGUUGAAAGAAAACAUUUACGCGAUUACGUUGCUGCCAGACUAAAAGUAUAUAUGUUAUUAUUUUCAUAAUAUUGAAUAAUUGUGUGGUUUUUGUCAGUUAGUAAUUAUUUAUUUAUAAUAAUAAUUUUAAUAGGUAUUUUAUGAAGAAGAAUUGGAUGUUAAAAUUGUACUUUUUGAUGAAGUAUUGGAUCAUGUAUUAAGAAUUGAUAGAAUAUUCAGACAACCUCAAGGUCAUUUGCUGUUAAUUGGUGUUUCUGGAGCUGGAAAAACCACGUUAUCACGGUUUGUGGCAUUUAUGAAUGGUCUUUCAGUGUUCCAAAUAAGAGUAAGUUAAUUUUUUACUAUUAAAAACUUCAUAUAUUAAUUGUUGAUUAUUAAUUAUUAAAUAUAUUUAUUUUAUUUAUUUAAUAAUUCAUUUUUUUAAAAAUUUAUAAACAAUUUAACAAAUAUAUAAUAUGAUGAAAAAAGAAAUUUUACUUUUUAAGUUAAAAUCAAACAUAUCCAAUAUUUAAAAAUAUAGUUUUGAAAAUAUUUUUAAACAUUUACGAUACAAAUAAUUGAUUCAAAUACUUAUAAUUUGUUUAAAUACAAAUUAACUCAAUACUUAAAAUGUAAUUAUUUUGAUAUUUGCUAUUUUGUUUAUUAUAAUUACUCACUCUUUUUUAGGUUCAUAAUAAAUACACAAGUGAAGACUUUGAUGAAGAUUUAAGGGCUGUGUUGAGGAGAUCAGGAUGUAAAAAUGAAAAAAUUACAUUUAUACUUGACGAAUCAAAUGUAUUAGAGUCUGGUUUUCUAGAACGCAUGAAUACUUUGUUAGCUAACGGAGAAGUUCCUGGUUUAUUCGAAGGUAUAUAUGUUAUUAAAAUAGUGUUUUAAAUUUUACUUAUAUAAAUUGUUCAUUAGGAGAUGAAUAUACUACAUUAAUGACUCAGUGUAAAGAAGGAAGUCAAAGGGAAGGUUUGAUGUUGGAUUCAAAUGAAGAACUUUAUAAAUGGUUCACUGGUCAAGUAAUGCGAAAUUUGCAUGUUGUAUUUACAAUGAACCCCAGUUCUGAAGGACUAAAAGACAGAGCAGCAACUUCACCAGCACUUUUUAACAGAUGUGUUCUUAAUUGGUUUGGAGAUUGGUCAGAUACAGCAUUAUUCCAAGUAAAUAUUUUAAAUAAAUUUAAUAUCAAAUUUUAUAAUAUAUGUUUCAUUUUUAAUAGGUUGGCCAAGAAUUUACUCGAGCUGUCGAUUUGGAUGGACCACCUAUGUGGAAAGCUCCUGAUUUUUUCCCAUCAGCUUGUUCUUUAGUUCCCAGUAUACCUGAUUAUCGCACUGCUGUUGUUAAUGCUUUUGUUUAUGUACAUCAAACUUUACACAAAGCAAAUAGCCGAUUAGUAAAAAGAGGCUCACGAACUAUGGCAAUUACCCCUAGGCAUUACUUAGACUUUAUUAAUCAUUUUGUGAAAUUACACAAAGAGAAAAGAGCUGAACUUGAAGAACAACAACUUCAUUUAAAUGUAGGUUUAUCAAAAAUAGCUGAAACUGUUGAACAAGUGGAAGAGAUGCAAAAAUCAUUGGCAGUCAAAUCAAUCGAAUUGAAUGCCAAAAAUGAGGCAGCCAAUGCUAAAUUACAGCAGAUGUUUAAAGAACAACAUGAAGCUGAGAAGCGAAAAGUACAAUCUCAAGAAAUACAAGCACAAAUCAAGGCACAACAAGUAUUGAUAUCAGAAAAACGAGAACAUGUGAUGGCUGAUCUUGCACAUGUUGAACCUGCUGUAAUGGACGCUCAACAAGGUAAAUUAUAAUUAAAAUGUAUUAUUUUAAUUAAAUAACUAUACAUUGUAAAUCAUUUCUUUUUAGCUGUAAAGGAAAUCAAGAAACAACAAUUAGUUGAAGUAAGAUCAAUGGCAAAUCCACCUGCAGUUGUUAAGUUAGCAUUGGAAUCUAUAUGUUUAUUACUUGGAGAAAAUGCAUCAGACUGGAAAGCAAUCAGAGCAGUUGUUAUGAGGGAAAAUUUCAUUAAUUCAAUUGUUACUAAUUUUAGUACAGAAAAUAUUUCGUAAGUGACAAAAUAAAUUAAUAUUGUGUACUGAUUAAAAACAUUGUUUUUUUUUUUUUUUUUACAGUGACGAUGUUCGUGAAAAAAUGCACAGCAGGUAUUUGAACAAUCCAGAUUAUACAUUUGAAAAAGUUAAUCGUGCUAGUAUGGCUUGUGGUCCCAUGGUAAAAUGGGCUAUAGCGCAGGUAUGAAAUAAAAUAUAUUUUAUUUAUAAUUUAUAAACCUAACUUGCCUACUAAGUAGUAUUAUUUAUGUAUAGGUAAGUUAUGCUGAUGUAUUAAAAAAAGUAGAACCAUUAAGGGAUGAAUUGAAAUCUCUUGAAAAUCAAGCAUCAGAUAAUAAAGUUAAAAAUGAAGAAACUACAGCACUUAUUGCUCAAUUAGAACAAACUAUUACUGAAUACCAAGAAGAAUAUGCACAACUUAUUUCACAAGCUCAAGCAAUUAAAUCUGAUUUAGAAAAUGUCCAGAGCAAAGUAUGAUUAUUAUUAUUUAUAAUAUUUAUUUGUAGCUCUUUAUUUAUUUAUUUUCAUAAAUAAAUAUAUAUUUUUAGGUUGAUCGUUCGAUUGCUCUUUUAAAAUCUUUGGUGAUUGAAAGGGAAAGAUGGGAGUGUACUAGAGAUACUUUCAGAUCUCAGAUGGCCACAAUCAUAGGAGAUGUUUUAUUAUCAUCUGCAUAUUUAGCAUAUGCUGGUUAUUUUGAUCAACACGUAUGUUUUGUACACAAUUUAUUAUUUAUUAUUUUGGAAGAAUUAGUAAUGUAUGAUUGUUUUAUUUAUUUCAGUAUCGACAAAAUCUGUUCACUACAUGGUGUCAACAUUUGUAUUUAGCUGGAAUUCAAUAUAGAUCAGAUAUAGCAUUAACUGAAUAUUUGUCCAACCCUGAUGAAAGACUUCGUUGGCACGCUAAUUCAUUACCCACUGAUGAUUUGUGUACAGAAAAUGCUAUUAUGUUAAAGGUAAUAAUAACAUUUUUUAUUGUUGUUUAAAUAAUAUUUAAUAUUUUUUAAAUCCAGAGAUACAAUAGAUAUCCAUUAAUAAUCGAUCCAUCAGGACAAGCUACGGAAUUUAUUCUUAAGGAGUAUGCAGAUGCUAAAAUAACAAAAACUAGUUUCUUGGAUGAUUCGUUUAGAAAAAAUUUAGAAUCUGCUUUGCGUUUUGGAAAUCCUUUACUUGUUCAAGUAAGCUUUUUGUUUGAUUUGUAUUAUAUUUACCUAGUGGUAAUGUUUUUCAUAACAAUUAGUAUACCAUGUAUUUUAUUUUCUAGAGAAUAUUUGUUGAAUAAAGGUACCAACAAAUUAUUAGACUAUUGUGUCUAUAACAGGGGCGGAUCUAGGAUAAAAUAAUCGGGGUUAGGGAGUUCAAAUUUAUAUGAAGCAAACAUUUAUGAUAAUUCAAGUUAAGACUAUUAGCGAGUGAACAGGAAGGGGGGAUCUGACACUGAUCUAUAAACAUAAUAGAAAAUAUGUAAAAAUAAUUUUUGUAAUACUUUUUAAAUAUUUUAGGAUGUUGAAAAUUAUGAUCCAAUUUUAAAUCCUGUGUUAAACAGAGAACUUCGCCGCACUGGUGGCCGUGUUCUAAUAACACUGGGAGACCAAGAUAUUGAUUUGUCACCAAAAUUUGUCAUAUUUUUGUCUACUCGUGAUCCAACAGUAGAAUUUUCACCAGACAUAUGUUCUAGAGUAAUGUUUGUCAACUUUACAGUAACUAGAUCAUCAUUACAAAGUCAAUGCUUAGAUCGUGUACUGAAGGCUGAAAGACCUGAUAUAGACACUAAACGAUCCGAUUUACUCAAAUUACAAGGUAUGAGUGUUUGUUAAUUAAUAAAUGUACACAGUGUGUACUUAAUACAAACCUGUACUAUUUUAGGCGAAUUCCAUUUGCGUUUAAGACAAUUAGAGAAAUCAUUGUUGCAAGCAUUAAAUGAAGCCAAAGGUAAAAUAUUAGAUAAUGAUUCUGUAAUAACAACACUGGAGAGAUUAAAACAAGAAGCUGCUGAUAUAAGUAAAAAAGUUGAAGAAACAGAUAAGGUUAUUGCUGAGAUCGAAACUGUUUCGCAGCAGUAUAAGCCUUUAGCACAAGCUUGCAGUAAUAUGUACUUUACCAUGGACAGCUUAAAUCAAGUUCAUUUCCUCUAUCAAUAUUCAUUAAAAUUCUUUUUGGAUAUCUUCAGUUCAGUAUUACUAUCCAAUCCUAGAUUGGCAUCUGUCACUGAUCAUACAUCUCGAUUAGAUAUUGUGACUAAGGAUUUAUUUAAUGUAAGAAUUUAAAAAAAUGUUUUAUAUAUUUUAAUAUUAAAAAAUGAAUUACAAAUUUCCAGGUAUGUUACGAGAGAGUAGCCAGAGGAAUGUUGCAUAAUGAUAGGUUAACUUUAGCAAUAUUGUUAUGUCGCAUCAGUUUAAAGGGAUCACCUAUUGGUAGUACAUUAGAUUCAGAGUUUCAAUUUUUCCUUCGAGGUAAAGAAGGUGUUUUGAGUUCCAAUAAUUCAUCAGGACAGGGUUCCCUAAGUAGCUUGAAUCAAGAACAAAUUGAAGCUAUGAUAAGAUUAUCACACAGAAUAACGGCAUUUAAAAGUUUAUCAGACCGAGUUGAAGAGAUGCCAGAAUUUGGACCAUGGCUUGCACAGAAUACACCUGAACAAUGUGUGCCUAAAUUAUGGGAUGAAUCAACUCCAUUUAGCCCUGUAGCUACUGCCAUGUAUCAACUACUUGCUAUACAAGUAUGUAUUUUUAUUUUCAUUUUUUUAUUAAGAUUUCAUUAGCUAGAUUGUCUAUAAACUAAAAAAAAAAAAUGAUUUAAAAUAAAAACAAUUUGAAUUAUUUUCUCGUACACCCUUAUCUGAUAUGAAAUUGAUUUAUAUUGAUUUUUAAAGUACAAUUAAAAAAUCUAAUAAUUAACCGUUUAUGCCUGUAAACAUAUUUGUGGUGGGAUAAUGCUCCCUUAAUCAAAAAAACAUUUUUUUUUUUUUUUUAAGUAUAAAAUUAAAGAAAAAUUAAUAAAUUUUCAAUCUACGAAGGGUAAAAUACAUUUAAAAUAACAUAUAGGAUAAAAUAAAAAAAUUUUAUUUUGCAUAACACAUAUUUAAUUCAAGUCUACAAUUAAUUUUGAAAUUUAGUUCAGUUAAGUUUUUAAUAUUAUUUUUUAUAUCAUCUUUGAUCAUAAUUUACAAUUAUUGAUUUUGAUAAUUAUGAUUCAUUAAUUUUUAUUUAAUAUAAAAUUGUAUUUUAUUCUAUUACAUUUCUAUCUUGUUUAGGCAUUCAGGCCAGAUAGAGUCAUAGCUUCGGCUAAUUUGUUUGUCGAGGCCACUCUAGGUACACAAUUAACAUCCUCAGCAGAACGUGAACCUGACUUGGCAACAAUUGUUUUGAAUGAACUGGAUUGUAGUGUUCCAGCACUUUUGUGCUCAGCUCCUGGAUAUGAUGCUUCUGGUCGAGUUGAUGAUCUUGCUACUCAACAUAAUCAACUGUUAUCAUCAGUGGCAAUUGGUUCUGCUGAAGGUUUCCGUCAAGCUACUGAUGCCAUCAAUUCUGCAGUUCGACUUGGACGGUACCUAAUAUAUUAUUAAAAUUUUUCCUAUAUACCAUGAUUUUUAAUUUUUUUUUUUUAAUUAUUUAAGAUGGGUGUUAUUGAAAAAUGUUCAUCUGGCUCCACAAUGGCUUGUUCAACUUGAAAAGAAAUUACAUAGUUUACAACCACAUACUAACUUCAGACUAUUUUUAACUAUGGAAAUUAAUUCUGCUGUACCUGUGAAUUUAUUAAGAGCAGGGCGCAUAUUUGUUUUUGAACCACCACCUGGUGUUAAAGCCAAUUUAUUACGUACAUUUAAUACUGUAAGUGUACAAAAAUAAUUAUUCCCAAAAAAUGAAAUAAAUUAUUGUUAUGUUAUGUUGUUUUAGAUUCCAGCAUCACGCAUGAUGAAGGUACCCAAUGAAAGAGCUAGAUUAUACUUUUUACUUGCAUGGUUCCAUGCUAUUGUUCAAGAACGUUUACGUUACACACCACUUGGUUGGGCCAAACACUACGAGUUCAAUGAAUCGGAUUUAAGAGUUGCUUGUGAUACUUUAGAUACAUGGAUUGAAACAACUGCAAAAGUAUUUCUUACUAAAAAAAAAGUUUAAAUUUAAUUUAUGUUAAUUUUUUUACAUUUAUAGAGUCGUACAAAUUUACCGCCCGAAAAAAUUCCUUGGGACGCAUUAGUUACAUUAUUGUCUCAAUGUAUUUAUGGCGGCAAAAUUGAUAAUGAUUAUGAUCAAAGACUGUUGGCAUCAUUCUUAGGCAAGUUAUUCACAGCACGGAGUUUUGAAACAGGAUUUGCAUUAGUGGCUAAUGUUGAUGGAGUCGGGGGAGAUAAUAGGUACUAAAAUAUAGAAUUGUUUUUUUUUUUUUUUAAAUUAAUUAUUAUUUAUUUAAUGACAUCUUUUAGACAUAUCACAAUGCCAAAUGGGUCAAGAAGAGAUCACUUUUUACAUUGGAUUGAAAACCUAUCGGAUAGACAAUCGCCAUCAUGGUUGGGAUUGCCUAAUAACGCUGAAAAAGUACUUUUGACUACUAGAGGUAAUAAUUUGUAUAUUUUGAUUAAUGAAUAUAAUAUAGUCAUUAAUCAAAAUUAAUAUGAUCACUUUCUUAACCAAUAUUUUAAAUAGGUACUGAUUUGGUAAGUAAGUUAUUGAAAAUGCAACAACUAGAAGAUGAAGACGAACUUGCAUAUGUUACUGAACAAGCUGGUAAAGAUGGAGGUCCUGAUUCCAAUGUAUGUGCUGCUGAUGGCCGUCCAGCUUGGAUGAGGACAUUGCAUAAUUCAACGACUACUUGGUUACAACUUUUACCCCAAUCACUACAGACAUUAAAACGCACAGUAGAAAAUAUCAAAGAUCCACUUUAUCGAUAUUUCGAACGAGAAGUAAACUUUGGUUCAAAACUAUUACAAGAAGUUAUACAUGAUUUAAAUGAAGUAGCAGCUAUAUGUCAAGUAUGUUAAUAUUAUCUGAAUUAUUAAAUAUUUUGAACUUACUUUUUUAUUUUUAAAUAAACUUUUUGAUUAUUAUUAAUUUUUUUUUUUUUUUUUUUUGAAAUUGUUUAUAGAGUGAAAAAAAACAAACCAAUUAUCAUAGAAAAUUAUUAAGCGAUUUGGUUAAAGGAAAAUUGCCAAUUGGUUGGCGUCGUUACACAGUGCCAAGUGGCUGUUCAGUAAUCCAAUGGGUGUCAGAUUUUAGUCAACGUGUGAAACAAUUGCAACAAGUAUCACAACUAGUUUCUCAACGAGGUGCCAAUCAAAUUAAAGUAAGUUUUUUCAAAUAAUUAAAUAAUAAGUAUUGCACAAUAUUUAAUGAAAUGUAUUUGUUAGUCAUUUCCAGUGUGGCUUGGGGGUCUUUUAAAUCCAGAAGCUUACAUUACCGCUACUAGACAAUGUAUUGCACAAGCUAAUUCUUGGUCACUGGAAGAAUUAAUAUUAGAUGUUACCAUUACUGAUUCAUUUGAGUAUGAUUCAGUGCAACAAGAUGAAUGUAGUUUCGGUGUGAUUGGUAAGAUAUCUAAACAUUAUUUAAUUCUAGUAUUAAUUAUUUUUUUCAUGAUUAAAGGAUUAAAACUGCAGGGUGCACAAUGUCGUAAUAAUCAAUUAUUAUUAACUUCAUCCAUAAUGACCGAUUUACCAGUCACUUUGUUACGAUGGACACAGUAAGUAACUUUUCUGUAUGAAUUCAGUUUUUUAUUUAAACAUGGUUUUAAAUCUAAAUUAAUUUUUUUUAGUGUAUCAGCAGAAGAGCACAUAAGACCUAAUAAACUGUCUCUACCAGUUUAUUUAAAUUCUACCCGAUCUGAAUUAUUAUUCACCGUAGAAUUAGAUGUAGCUCCCGGGCAAGACCAUCAUACGUUUUAUGAAAGGGGUGUUGCAUUAUUAACAUCUACAGCUUUAAAUUAGGUAAACUAAUACGAAUGAUUAAAAUGUUAAUUAAUAUAUUUUUAUUUAAUAUUCAUUAUUAUAUGUGUUAAUAUUAUAAUAUUUAGAUAUUUAUCUUCAUUUAUAAUAUAAUUCAAUAUUCUAAUUUGUGGUCCAAUGCACGGUGCCAUUUAUUUAAUUCUAAUUUUUUAUCCCAAACAAAUAUUUUAAAUAGCUGUGAAUGCAUAAUAUUAAUUUAAUUAUUAAACCUAUUUUAUUACAUAUUUAAUUUUAUAUUUUAUAUUAAUAAAUCAACUUUUAUAGUCAAUUUAAAAUUGAAAUGAUAAUUUUGUAAGUGCAACGAUAUUUUUAACAUCUGUAUUAGCUAUUUUUUUUGUUGUCGCUCAGUUUCUAUUUGGUUAUUAUUCCUUUUAUUAUUAUUAUAUAUCAGUAAUCUCUGUUACUAGCCCGUUAGAAGUUUAAUUUCAAUGCGAGUUACUUAAUGUAUUUUGAUACGCUGUAAAAUUUUUUUAUUUAUUGCUAUUUUUAUAAUGUAAAUACAAUCAAAUAUUAAGAGCUUCGUAUUAAAACAAUUUUUAUUAACACGGUCGUUAUGCAUUUUUAAUAUUAUUUAUUAAUUACAUAAAAUAAUUUGAGGAGUUAACAAAUUUAAAGUUAAAAUUAUUUUUAUAAUAUUAUGUGAUAAUAGUUAAUAUAUAUAAUACAUUAACAAACAAUAAUUACUCACCAGUAACAUCAACACUAUUUUAGACAUGUUUCUUUAGAAAUAUAUACUAAUAUAACUAAGAAUUAUUAAACUUAACAUUUUCGGUAUGAAUUCCAGUCGGUUUUUUUUUGCAUUAGUAUAUUAUACUAAAUGUUAAAAAUCAUUAAUCAUUAUUUAAUGUUAUUUAAACUAUUAAGUUUUGUUCUGUAUUAAGUUUUCGCCACUCUAUAACCACUGAACGAUGUAACUCCUACUCCUUGUUCGUGUCUAGUAUUGAAUAUCUUUGGUUCUCCAUCUAAAAAUACUGCCACUUGAUCUCCGUGAUCAAUAUCUAAAAGUAUGGUGGCUGAUCCACCACCAGGUUUCGUUGCUAAAAUUGAUGACCAUUGUUUACCGCCGUUCAAUUUUUUUUGCAGUACCAUCCUAUUAUACCAAAGAAUUUUCAAUUAACAUAUUAUUAUCACUUUGUUUUCUGUAUGUCUUAGUAAAUAAUUAUGAUUUAGAUCUUAGGUGAUAUAAAUGGAUAUAGUCAUUGCCUAUAUUUUACCAAUGUAUUACUUAAAGCACAUAUUUUUUAUUUUUAUUAUUUUUUUUUAGUGAAAUUUAAAUAAUAUGCAAGAACGAUAACUUAUAUUGAGAUUGUUUUUUUUAUAGGAAAAAUUAUAAAUUAUUAAUUACUACAUAUUAUGUAGGUAAGUUACUUAAAUUAUCAUGGAAAAUAAUUAUUGCAUAUAUGCAGAUAGCUCGUUUCAACGAGAGACUCGUCGCUAAUAUGUGUUUCAAGUUAUCGGUGUUUGGCUUCAUCCAUAUACUAUAGAAUCUAAGGUGUAGUUAGUAGGUUAUCAUUUAUUACUUUGUAUUUUCAUGGGUGGAUCCGGAGAAGGAAAAUUGAUAGAGACCAGGACAGGCGCAUGUAAAGGCACCGACCUCGAGAUCCCACGUAACCGCCAGAUUGAGAACAUUUUGUUUGUACGCUAUCAGGCCCGUAGAGUGCACGGAUCCACUGCCAGUCGCCGAAAACGCAAUAGGUCCCCCGCAGUCGAUAGUUUUAAUCGAUUUCCGCGGUGGUAACGGAGUGACGGCUACGGUUACCGACAACAGUUGAACACCAAAAAACCAUAAUAAACACGUCUUGUACAUUCUGUUGGUGUACUCCGAAUAAUAACAAUAUUGUAAUAUUUAAACGAUGUUUUGUUACUUUUUAAAAGAAAACAAAUUGCACUAAUGAUUAACCUUUUCAAGGAUGUUUACUUUGGUUAUGGUAAUUAUUAUUUAUCGAAUAUGUAUUUAUCGGGUGGAACAAACGAGAUUACUGACGUGUUAUAUUAGGUUGUUAGCAUAUUAUAUACAUAGGUACCUACUUCUGAAUUGCAUUAAAAUAUAUUAUAACGAGUUAUUAUUUUCGUUAUUUUGACCAGGAACUUUAUACGUUUAACCCGUAAUUGAUAAAAUACCUACUGUUUUACGUUUAUCUAGAGUUAUAAAUGUAUAAAAAUUAUAAAACAAAUAGAAUUAAGUUCGUAAUUAUGAUUUAUAGUUGACACAAAAAUAAAUAAGAGCUUGUUUAAUAUUAUAGUGCGUUAUGCAAGACGAGUUAAAAAGACGAAUUUGUCUCGACAAACCUUUUUGUAAUAUUUUUCAGAAAGGAAAAUAAUAUUAAUUCUGUGGAUUAAAAUUAAUAUUCGGACAAUUAAUUUAAAUUCAAAUUAUUAUUAUUUUGGUACGGGCACUCGUCGUCCCGCUAGACCAAGUUUGCAUAGUCGCAAUCAUUAAAAUGAAUAAUAAAUAAUAUUCAUAAUUAAUGGCAAAAUCUAUUAUUGUUAUUAUUUAUUUGAAUUAUUCAUAUUUAAUAAUAUAACCGUGGUAAAAAUCCCGUGGUGGUGAUUAUAGUUAUGUCGUCGUUCGCAGUCUGGUAUACACCAUGACCCUAGUUACGGUUUACUAAAUAUUCUGUUUUUAGCGCAGAUGAGCACAGAUGGGUAUUCAAAACACUUGUAAUUUUAAAAAUAUAUUGUAUGUCCAUUAAGAGUCCCCUGCACUUAACGUUUUUUCCAAAUUCUCAAACGGGGAAUACAUUACAAAAUGAUGCCGUCGCAAAAACCGUGAAAACUCAAGCCUCAACGAAAACAAAAUGGCCGCGGUUUUAUAGCAGUUUUUAAUCUCUAGCAGUCUAACGCACAUACACGAUAUGUUCGUAUAGGGAGUAGUGCCCAGCAAUAGUUCAAGUAUUUUCGUUACUAUUGCGCAUUUGCACUGUAUUGUGUCUGUUAUUUUAAUUAAAUAAAUUAUUCCCCCCCCUUUCCGUUAUAUUUGAACAUUUCUAAUAGCCUGUUGGUAGAUUGAGGCGAUAAUGGUCUGGUUGAAUUUCAAUGUGAAUUUAACCAUUGUUGUUGCCUGGGAAGGGUGUUUUUUUUAGCUUUGAACAGCCUUACAAACUCCUUCUAAUGCACCCAGAGGGAUGAAAUUUUGAACACGCAUGAUUAGUUAGUAUUAAGAUACUGCCUUUUACGAUCAAAUUCUACCAUUUUUUUUGGAAGCCGCACAACUAUAUUGUAGUACAGUAUUUAGUAGGUAUUGUAUUAUUAUAGUAGGUGUUUGGUUAUUUAUUCUUUUCAAAAAUAUUUCUACUAAUACACAAAAUUUGUAGAGAAAAAUUCAACUCUAGUGACGGAUUUCUGCUCAUUACGAGAGUUUUUUGUUUCACAUGGUUUUUUUUUUUUAGCCUCUCCUUUGUGCGUAUACGUACAUAUAUCUCGUUUAAUGAAGAGUAUUUUUUUAUUUAUACUAAUUUUUUAGUAUUUACUCAUGGUUGCUGAAUGCUGGCUACAUUUUCACCCAAAGAAAUGAGUAUUUUUUGACCAAAUCGCACGUGGUGUUUAUUUAUUCGUGUUCACCGUUGCCGUAAUACCGUAAAACUAAUAAAAAUCCUUACAUAACUUACUUUUAUAACGGUGAAACGAUCAAAUAACCGUAUAGAUUCUCUGAUAUUCUGAUAUACCUAUAUUAAAUUAAAAGUGCAUUAAACUGCAAUCUAUUACUUAUUUGUAUCUAACAAAUAUUUAAAACACUCGGGCCGUCCCCUGCAUGCAGCUACAUCACAAUCGACGAGUAUAAAUGUCGGUACGCAAUUUUAUAAAUCGGGAAACGUAUCAAAAUGAAAAUAUUUGUUUCGUUUUUCGUUCUUGCAGUUUGUUACAUAAAUGUGUUUUUGUUACGGAAUUUCAAUAUUAAAAUCUAAACAAAAUAUAUCUAAUACCUUUGUGCUCAACGUUAUCAAUACCUGCAUUAUGAAUACAUCUGCCAACAGUGCAUAUUCUUGGGUGCGUGUUCAAAUUAUGUAUUAUUAUUGCGUGUUAUACAAUAGUUGCACUUUUAUAUAUAAAAAAAAAAUAUAUAUAUUAAUAAAACAAAUAAUAUUACAACUUACUAUUACCAGUUUCACACCACACAUUUGCGCCGGGCAAUUUCGUAUCUACACCGAUUAUCGAUUCUUUAAUUUUAGUAAUUUAUACAUAAUUAUGAAUUAAAUUUUUUUUUCAUGAGGGGGGAAAGGGCGGGAAAUGUAUAUAGAGCAACCUGCCUACUGAAAAAAAAAAAUGUAAAUACUAUUAAUCAAAUAUUUUGCAAUGCUACACUGAUAUAAUAAUACAGUAUUGUGUACAAAUUUGCAAUUUCACUUAUUAGGUACUAUUUAAUUAUAAUUAUUAGAUACGCUGGAUUGGGCUUUUCGGGCGCUGUAUUAUCGGCGAUGAAGCCAAAAUACAUAUCUACUACGACAAAAAUUACUUCCGUUGGUCAUUUCAGUAUUAUUUAUUUAUUUAUUUAUUUAGAUAGAUAAACGCCAAAGAGGUUUUAGUACAGAAAUAAAUACAUAUAUUUUAACAUAACAGAAUACAAUAACAUAUGACAUACAUCCUAUAGUAUUAAAUUGCAAUAAUAUUUGUUAAAAUACAAUUAAAAAGCUUUAAUAUAUAAGAAUUUGGAAAAAUACGAUGGAUACUUACAAAUGAAAGAAAUCGAUUCCGGAUUCAUUUCCCAUCCUCAAAAUUCUUUCUAAGGGAUUAUUAUACCCAUAAUUUGUACGGUGGUUUUUGACAAAGAAUGUAAAACUACGUGCGUAAUACUGAGGAACAUUUAAGGAAAUACGUUCUAAGAGAGAGGAACAUGUGAUUAAUUAAUUUAGAGAGGAAGCAAUAUGUCAGUAUUUUUACGACAAAUAGAUAAUUGACUGAGAUAAAGAAUAUUUUGAAUUAUAUUAACAAUAUCAUAUAAAUAGGUAAUAAUAAUAAUAAUAAUAAUGAUAAAAAAAUAGCCUAGUGUGUACUCGUAUAAGAACAAAAAGAAAUGUAUGAUUAUUUUAUUUUUAUUAUCAAAAAAUUAAAAAAAAUGAAUUACCAUUAUACUGCACAUUGUACAAUAAUAUAGUAAACAAUUUAUUAAAAAUAUAGAAUAUAGGCACACUAUGUUGCUCUACGAGUUGUACGUAUUUGACGAAUAAAUUAACCGUGUUUGAUAUUGUGCUGGGUCACCCGUUGAAUUCGAAUUGUUCCAUAUAAUAAUUCCUACAGCUACGUAGGUUUAAAAGAAGCUUACAAUUUACGGUCUGAUUGGGAUAAAUGUUCGUAGGUGUCCCUUUGUUAUUUAUUGAAAGCAACUGAAUGGAUUGCCUUUAUUUUUAUCGGGAACGAUUCAAUUACUGAAUUAAUUCUAAAUCUAGAUGUAUUUAUAAUGAUCAUUAGGACGUCACUGAAACAUCAUAUCAUUUAUCACGAUCAUCGAUCAACAAAUAUCACCAACAAAUGUUCUGAAUUUCUGAUGUCCCCUGUACUGACGAGUUUUUUUAACUGUUAAUUUUUGCCGGUUUGUUAUCGUGAAUCGUGAAUAUUUUUUAAAAAUAUUAGCUAUAAGUUCGGAAAAUGUAAUCAUUAUUAUACUACCUACUAGUUAAACCGUUGACAUACUUCAUACCGUGGGCCAAGGCCGUACUUGUGGGGGGGGGGAUUGGAAGUUCAAUCCCCCCACAAAAUUAUUUUCCAGUUACAGUCUUGGGCAGGCCACUUUUAUGGGUAGGAAAUCUGGAAUGUAUGGGAUAUUGAGUUAUUUAGUUUAUACAUUUAAAGCAAUGAUACACUUUAUUGUAUUCAAGAAACGUUUCUGAAUGGAACUAGGUGAUAGUAUUAAUUGGGUUUUCCCCCUUAUUAUAGCUUUAGUUACCCAGAAAUCGGCAAAACUAAAAACCAAUGUAAAAUGUUAUUAUUGUCAUUUCUAAAUUUUUGUGGUUUUCCUGAUUUUAGAAAAUUAUAACUGAUACAGAGUUAUUUCAUAGUCCGCAUUAUCACCAAAAUAAUAUGAAUUACGUUAUCAUUUAGACUGUAUUUA